AUGGGCGCAAACACACUCCUUGAUCGCCUCGUCGGACUCGCCAUGUUGGGAGUCGCGACCGCCGUCUUUCUUUACUACUCUCUCUGGACACUGGUUAUGCCAUUCGUCGACGACUCACAUCCCGUCCAAUCGCUCUUUCCUCCACGCGUCUGGGCGAUCCGAAUUCCCGUGAUUCUGCUCCUGCUGGGCGGCGCCGUGGUGGGAAGUUUCCUCAGCUUGGUGAUGAUCCGCAGUAACCGCAAGAAGGCGUUGAAAGCGAAGGCGGCCAAGUCGAAAUAAAUUGGAAGGGAGAAGAGAAGUCGAAAUGGGAAUGCGAUGUAUCAUUAGGGAGGUACGAGGAGAGCUGUCGGGAUUUUUCUGGAGUUCGAGAUUGGCAACAGGGGGGCUUGCGCGGAAUGUACAGAAUUACAAUGGAGAGAACUUCCAGUGCACCAGCGGUCGUCACAUUUUUGGCUACAUGAAGUAAAGAC